UGUUUUCUUACAUCACUAGAAGAAGACUUCUUCUUCCAUACGUGAAUUUUGGGCAAAUAGAUAAAAAAGGGAUUUAGGAUUUCGGGGCGUAUAAGACAAUCAACCACAACGAAAAUGCCGAAGUUCUACAAACUUGACAUUAACCGCACCGAGUGGGAAAUACCGGAGACGUACCAGAACCUCCAACCCGUUGGACAAGGCGCCUACGGCCAGGUAUGCAAGGCACUGGUCCGAGGCACCACCACAAAGGUGGCGAUUAAGAAGUUAGCCCGUCCUUUUCAGUCCGCCGUGCAUGCGAAGCGCACGUAUCGCGAGCUGUGCCUGCUGAAGCACAUGGAUCACGAGAAUGUCAUUGGUUUGCUGGAUGUAUUCCAUCCUGGCCAGCCAGCCGACUCCCUGGAGCAAUUCCAGCAGGUUUAUAUGGUGACUCAUCUGAUGGACGCCGAUCUGAAUAACAUAAUACGCACCCAAAAACUCUCCGAUGAGCAUGUCCAGUUCCUUGUGUACCAGAUCUUGAGAGGACUCAAGUACAUACACAGCGCUGGCGUCAUACAUCGUGACCUGAAGCCCUCCAAUCUAGCCGUCAACGAGGAUUGUGAGCUGCGCAUUUUGGAUUUUGGUCUGGCGCGGCCAACGGAGAGCGAGAUGACUGGGUAUGUGGCCACACGUUGGUAUCGCGCACCCGAAAUCAUGCUCAACUGGAUGCAUUACAAUCAGACGGUGGAUAUUUGGUCGGUGGGCUGCAUUAUGGCCGAACUCUUAACCGGACGCACACUUUUCCCGGGCACCGAUCACAUACAUCAACUGAACCUGAUCAUGGAGGUGCUGGGCACACCCAACGACGAGUUCAUGAACAAGAUCUCGUCGGAUAGCGCUCGCACCUAUAUCCGUUCGCUGCCGGUGAUGCCGCGUCGCAGCUUUCGUGAUGUCUUCCGUGGCGCUAAUCCGCUGGCCAUUGAUUUGCUUGAGAAGAUGCUGGAGCUGGAUGCAGAGAAGCGCAUUACCGCCGAACAGGCGCUGGCCCAUCCCUAUAUGGAGAAGUGGCACGAUCCCAGCGAUGAGGCCACUUCAACGCUCUACGAUCAAAGCUUCGAGGAGACCGAGCUGCCCGUGGAGAAAUGGAAGGAGUCCGUCUUUAAGGCGGUGCGCGAGUUCAAGCCGCCGCCGACUUUUGCCGAGCUCCUGUCACAGGCCAAGUAGCAGACGAGUUGGAUUUCAUUGACGGAGCCGCAAACGAAAAAAAAGUCAACAAAUGAUGCUACAAAUUUAGUUGUUAGUUGAAUGAAGUCCAAUCGUAAACGUAUUCGUUAAUUGUAAUUUGUUUCUAAAACGAAAGUCAGCCUUAAUUAAUGUCCAGUUCAACUUUUUGGUGUUGGUGUUUAACUAUAUGUAUGUAUAUAUAUAUAUGUAUGUGUAUAUAUAUAUACUUUUCGUAUUGUAUAAAUGUAAAUGUAUAUGUAUAUUUAUAUACAGUCUACAAAGUCAAGCGGUUGGCCCACCAAUCAAUGCGGCCGUUAGCUAUAGCCAUAGAAGGAGCUCUCGCUCUACAUAAAUAAAAGUGCUCUUGUUUGUAUUUACAAAA